GCCGCCCGCAGCCUUGAGCCGAGUGGAAGGCAACGCGCCCCGAGGUCACUCCGCUCCCUGGCGGUUGGCAAAUGCUUGGCGAGGACGGAUUGUGGCUGACGCAGGGCUGGGCCCCACGUAACUUCCCGCAAACUCACGUACCGGUGUUCCGUGUUUGCAGGAUGGUCUAUCCCCAGCCCAAGGUGCUGACGCCCUCUCGGACAGAUGUCCUGGUCUUGACCCCCUGGCUGGCUCCCAUCGUCUGGGAGGGGACUUUCAACAGCGACAUCCUCGAUGUGCAGUUCCGGCUCCAGAACACCACCGUUGGACUAACUGUAUUUGCCAUCAAAAAGUACGUGGUCUUCCUGAAGCUGUUCCUGGAGACGGCGGAGAAGCACUUCAUGGUGGGACACCGGGUCAUCUACUACGUGUUCACCGACCGGCCGGACGCGGUGCCGCGCGUGGCUCUUGGGCCGGGCCGGCGGCUGCAGGUGCUGCGUGUGCGGUCCUACUCGCGCUGGCAGGACGUGUCCAUGCGGCGCAUGCAGAUGCUCAGCGACGUCGCGGAGCAGCACUUCCUGCACGAGGUGGACUACCUGGUGUGCGCCGACGUGGACAUGCAGUUCCACGACCACGUGGGCGUGGAGAUCCUGUCCUCGCUCUUCGGCACCCUCCACCCCGGCUUCUACGGGCGUCCCCGCCAGGCCUUCACCUACGAGCGCCGGCCCCAGUCCCAGGCCCACAUCCCCUGGGACGAGGGUGACUUUUACUACAUGGGUGCCUUCUUCGGGGGGUCCGUGCCCGAGGUGCAGCGGCUCACCAAGGCCUGCCACCAGGCCAUGAUGGUCGACCGGGCCAAUGGCAUCGAGGCAGUGUGGCAUGACGAGAGCCACUUGAACAAGUACCUGCUGUACCACAAGCCCACCAAGGUGCUGUCCCCGGAGUACAUGUGGGACCAGCAGCUGCUGGGCUGGCCCUCGGUCCUGAGGAAGCUGAGGUUCGUGGCAGUGCCCAAGAACCACCAGGAGAUCCGGAGGUCUGAGCCCGAGAGCUCAGGGCAGGCUGGCCGGGCAGCCGGGUCUGCCUCCCGGGCCACCCGAAACUAGAACCAGUUUCAGCAGAUAGGGUGCGACUCCGCUCCCUUUUUCUUUCCUGCUGGAAGAAAUCGCUGAAGCCUAACGCCCACCCCACCCUCGAAUUCAGGCUGACGUAGCACCACGCCCCAGAGACCACAGACACAGGCAGACAGACAGGCACAGACA